AUGAAUGCCUCAGCAACGAUCCGUGCUUCGUACAUCCGCCAGGCGCGGAUGAGCAUGACCCCUCGUCCACAUAGCAUAUCGGAGACGUUAUCAAUCGAUCUCCAACCACGCCCCGCUUCAACCGAGAAGCUCCAAUCCUUCGUUCAUGUCGACCACAUUGAACACCGCGAGAAAUGCCACUCCGAGCGUACUUCACAGCCUACUUUCUUCGAUGUCGAACGCAACGCCGAUAACAGCCGGGCCUACAUCGACGACCGGUAUCUCGACACCACUUCGGUCAUGGAAUGGGACAACAACAGCUCCUUCAAAGUGCGGCUAAAAUCCAUGUUCACAGUCUUUCCCUACCGCGAUCCUAUCUACCUCGUAGCGAUCAUCUUCCUCAUUGGCUCCAUCGACCUCGUCAUCAACGCCACCUUCGAUCUACUACCUCGCCUCAAUCCCUCCACGGAGUUCGAAACCGAAGAGACUGUCGCCGUCCCUAGUACGAUAUUGAUCGGAUCGAUCUUCUUCUUCGUCGCAGGCAUCUUCGACACCUUCAGUGCUCUGAAUGCGGACCGCGGUACGCUUGAAACAUCGAAGUUGGAGCCCGAGAAAGUCAGAUACCGGCCAGCGCUCCUUGGCACACCGGAGUUCAAGUGGAUACCGUCAUGGGAGAAGGUUUGGGAGUUGUCGGCCACCAACUUGGCCUUCCAGGCUGGUCUCAUCGUUCUCUUUGGGGGCAUCAUCUUUAUGUUCGCUGGCAUCGUCGACUUUCCCGGCAUUGUCCCGGAAGAAGAUCCUCUCUUUGGUUACAUCGUUUUCGGGCCCCAGGUUGUACACGGCGCGCUCUUCUUGGUCGCGAACGCUAUGCUGGCGUUCUCCGAACAAGAGCGCUGGUACAAGCCCAGGUUCUUCCACUCGGACUGGCAGAGUGCCAUCCUCAAUGCGCUUGGUGGGCUCGGUUUCAUGAUGGCUGGUUUCUUUCUCUUUCAGGGUGGGGAGAAUGAGGAACGGGGCAAGGUGCAUGCAGCUAUAGCGGCAAUGGCAGGGAGCUGGGCUUUCUUGGCCGUGCAAGAUCACCUACCGCGAGAGCUGCGUGACAUGGUCUACGCUGAGCUGAUGGAUUUCGAGAACCCGUCGUUUGACAUCUGGUUGGAGGGCAGUAGAUACGUACUGAAGACGACCAACAAACCACGCUCUACAUUUUUCCACCGGACCAACAUGGCAGCUAGUGUCGCUCGAGGCCAAGAUCCUUACUACAUCGACCCGUCCAUCGUCGGCAAAGAGUCAGCUCUAGAGAUCUUACAACUUCGUUACCGACGUGGCCAAUUCAAUAUCCACCACGACGCGCUAAUAAGCAGGGUUCUCAACCAAGAUGCGUGGAAGCAGGACAUCGUACCAAAACGCUGGCUCUCCAAGAUUAGCAUCUACAUGCCCGAGGACAUUUACCAGGUUGAAGAGCGUAGAAUUCUACUCCGUCAGCGCUUCGACCUACUACAGCAACUCACCAAUACCCGAGCACGUAUCCAAGUGAUCUUCCCUAGCAAAGAGAUGUACUGGCAUUCCCAAAUUGGUCCUUCGCGUAAAGGAUAUGAGUGUCUACUUCCCACCGACCCAACUAUACGCCAAGCCAUGUUAGCUACCACUGAACGACUAUCAGUCUCGAAUGUUGGGACCGAGAUCGAUGCCGCUGUUCAUAACGAGAACGUUCAUAUCAUCAUGGAGACUAUAUUCCCGAGCCUGAUGGCAUUGAAGGCUCGAGGCCACCAGAUUCACUUGGACGAUAGGAUUAGCGGGUGGAAAUGGACGGCGGGGGAGGGAAGCGCCACAUUCGCUGAUGCCUGGACUAAUCGAAGGCGGUUUCGUAAGGAUGCCAGUCUACAUGUCAUUGCGGAGAGACUGAGAGCUGAGAAGGAAAGAUUUGACUGUACGCUGCAAGAGCUGUACUCGUGGAAAGAAAAGCAGCUUUCGACUCUCGAGGGCAUCGAGAAACGACUUGAUCCAGAUCCUCGAAGCGGUCCACCGUCCCUCGCAGCAUCCAGCAAGGACGGAGCUACGAUGAAGCUUGGUUUGGCAGAGCGUCGUAUCAAUGCAGAGCUUCGGAAGCGUUCCGAGAUCGAACCGAAGGAACUGUACAUCCACCAGACGCUCGCAGAUGUCCUCGGAGGGUACGCCAAGCUCGUACACCCUGGUCUCCUCGACAGAAUGUUUGGAUCGCUACCAACAGGGAAGCUACCACGGGAGGUUAGGGACAUGGUAUACGACCAUCUGCUCCCUAGGGAGAACACUUACACUAUCAAGUUAGCAACAAACAACACUGGCUUCUCCAUCCACAAAGGAGCACCGGACGGCACUCUACCUACUCCACCAAUCGGCUGUCCAUACCCCAUGAUAUCAACCACCCACCCACUAGCUGAUGAGAUCCUCGAAAGAUUCCAUUGGAGAUCGACGUUCAUCAUUCAGAAGUACAUCUGCACGUUGCAGCCGUUGUCUAUUCACGAUAUUCUCGCAAAGCUUCCGUGGUGGUCGAACAUCGAUGCGGGUGUACUCCCCAUAACCAUCACCGGCCGCAUCACCUUCGCCAUGCGUUUCGACAAUAGUUGGAGGAUUGAGUCAGAUAUCGAGAAGACUAUUGGAGAUUUGAGAAAGAUCGUGAACUCAGCCAGUCUCGGCGUAACUGUCUCUCUUUCGAUUUUUCCUGCUGAUAGUAAGCGCGGCGCUGAGUUCCUCGAUCUAGCAAAACCACUCUUGCUUGAGUUGCAGGAGAAGGGCCACGAGAUUCGCAUGAUCGACUUGGCUUGUUGGACAAAGAUGCACAGACGCAAGGAGCCGCCAACAUGA